AUGUAUCAGCCGGGAACACAUCGCCGCAUCGCACUGCUCAUAUGCGAUGUACCCGCUGAUUCCGUUCGGGAGCAGCACGGGGACUACACAAGGAUCUUCGGAACCUUGCUAGAAGAAUCAUUGAAGCCCAUCAAUAAGACUCAUUCAGCUGACUCACAAACGACGUUCACACUUGAGCCUUUCGACGUGCGCAUGCAGGUUUACCCUAAAGAGGAUGACUACGAUGCAAUACUAAUCACCGGCUCUGGUGCGUGGAAAAAUAUUGAUUGGAUGAAAAAGUUGAUUGAGUACGUGAGGGUUGUCGCGACAGAGAAACCGCGGAUAAAGAUCUUUGGCAUAUGCUUUGGACAUCAGAUCGUCGCGCUUGCCAUGGGCGGGACAUGUGUUCGCAACACUCGUUUCGAAGUUUCUGCGACAAAGCUCCAAUUGACUGAACUCGGAAAGAGAGUGUAUGGCAUCGAAUCUGGCAACAUACAUUUAAUGAAUCGAGACCAUGUUCCCACCAAGCCGCCAUCAUUCCAUGUUCUUGCAUCGUCUAGCCAAUCGCCGAUUCACGGGAUGGUCCUCUUUUCACAGUCAGAGUCCCUAAGGGACGCAUCGCACUCUAAUUUCCGCCUGACCGAUAUUCAUAUUCUCACCAGUCAAGGCCACCCCGAAUUCACAGAGUCUAUAAUGCGUUUACUCCUCGGCGUGCGGCGAGGAAUCUUGGGUCCCGAAAUUUUUGAUGACGGUCAGAGUCGUGCAAGCAAUCAAAAUGAUGGAAUUGCGGUUGUUGGAAAGGCCAUAUGGGGUGUCAUGGGGGUAGAAUGA